AUGGCUUUUAAAAUUGUUGUCUUCUUGGCUUGUGUGAUGGUUGCCCAUGGUGGUUUGCUGGGUGCUGGAAUCCUGCAACCAACAAUUCUAACAAAAACACUAGAGCCAGCUGAUGCUCAUCCCAAAUACCAAUUUAGCUACCAAGUAAAUGAUCCCCAUACUGGUGAUUUGAAGAGCCAAGAGGAGGCCCGUGAUGGUGAUGUUGUGAAAGGUUCUUAUGCCCUCCUUGACGCUGAUGGUUUGAUCAGAGUGGUCCAGUACACUUCGGAUGGAAUAAACGGAUUCAACGCUGUUGUGACAAGAACUCCAUCGGGAAAACAAGCUGUUCCAGUGAUCAAAACAAUUCAACCCACUAUUAUUAAGAGCAUACCUUCCCUAAUUCAAGCCCCAAUUGCCAAAAUUGGACUAGGACCUUUAGGUUUAAUCCAUUGA